AUGGGGGGAGCUUGUUCAAGAAAACGAGACCAACAGGUUAACGAGGAUAACUUGAACAGAGGAAUUUCUAAAAGAUAUAUUAAAAGUGGGAGCUCAAAAUGGCUUGGGACGUCGUUUAGAGCAUCUAUGGACUCCAGUCAGGGCGAAAAGAGUUGCCCGUCUCUUAUGGAUUUGUGUAUUCGCAAAAUUCGUGAAGAUUUAAACAAAUAUAGCACUUUCUCAAUGCUGCCAAGGGAUAUAAGCCAGCAGAUAUUUGAUGAUUUGGUCUACUCACAAUUACUAACUGAUUCCAUACUUGAUGCGUUUAGGGAUUGUGCUCUACAGGAUAUUAAUUUGGGAGAAUAUUCAGGGCCAGUAGUUAACGACAACUGGAUGGGGGUUAUCUCUUCACAGGGUUCAUCUUUACUUUCUGUUGAUGUUUCGGGUUCAGAUGUUACCGACUCUGGGUUAAAUUAUCUUAAAGAUUGCGUGAACCUUCAAUCGCUGAAUUUUAAUUUCUGUGAUUUAAUUUCGGACAAAGGUCUCCAACAGAUCAGUGGUCUUUCAAACCUGACAGCUCUAAGUCUUAAAAGAAACAACUUGAUAACUGCUCAAGCAAUGAGUUUCUUGUCUGGCUUGAUCAACUUGGAGAAGUUAGAUCUUGAGAGGUGUCCAAAGAUCCAUGGAGGACUUGUUCAUUUACAAGGACUUACAAAGCUUGAAACUCUGAAUGUUAAUUGUUGUAAUUGCAUCACUGAUGCUGACAUGAAGGCUCUUUCAGGUCUUACAAACUUGAAAUCAUUACAAAUUGCAUCAAGUAAGGUCACCGAUAAUGGUGUCGCCUUUAUAAAAGAUUUGAAAAGGCUUGCUCUUUUAAACAUGGAGGGUUGCCCUGUUACUGCAGCUUGCCUGGAAUCACUUUUAGCUCUUGAUGCCUUGUUAUAUUUGAACCUCAGCAGAUGCAAUUUAACAGAUGCUGGAUGUGAAAAUUUCUCGAAUAUGCAAUCUUUGAAAGUCUUGAAUUUGGGAUUCAAUGAGAUCACGAGUGCUAUCUUGGUGCACCUUAAGGGUCUCAUAAACUUGGAGAGCUUGAACUUGGAUUCUUGUGGUAUUAAUGAUGAAGGGAUGAUUCAUCUUGCAGGUUUAUCUCGUCUGAAAUGCUUGGAGUUGUCUGAUACUGAAGUUGGAAGCAACGGGUUACAUCAUCUUUCUGGGUUGCUUAAUCUUGAGAGUUUAAAUCUUUCAUUCACUGUGGUGAGCGAUGGUGGAUUGAGAAAAUUGUCUGGUUUGUCGUCUCUCAAGUCCCUCAAUUUGGAUGCUCGUCAAAUUACAGAUGCCGGCCUUUCUGCUCUUACAAACUUGACUGGACUAACACAUUUGGAUCUCUUUGGAGCACGGAUUACUGAUUCUGGAACCAAUUAUUUAAAGUCUUUCAAGAAUUUACGUUCUCUCGAGAUCUGUGGAGGCGGGUUAACAGAUGCAGGUGUUAAGAACAUCAAAGAUCUUACAUCCUUAACACUCUUGAACCUUUCCCAGAACAGCCACCUCACGGAUAAGAGCAUGGAAUCGAUUUCCGGACUCACACAAUUGGUCUCCCUAAACGUGUCGAACUCUCGUGUAACGAGCGCUGGUCUUCAGCACAUAAAGACGCUCAAAAAUCUCAAGUCACUGACCCUUGAGUCGUGCAAGGUGACAGCAAGCGAUAUAAAGAAGCUUCAGUCGACAUAUCUUCCCGACUUGGUCAGUUUCAGGCCCGAAUAG